GAGGAAGCGCGCGGCGCGGAGAGCAGGGGCCGGGUCGGGCGGAGCAGCGCCGCGCGGGCCACCAUGGCCACGGACGAGCUGGCCACCAAGCUGAGCCGGCGGCUGCAGAUGGAAGGCGAGGGCGGCGGCGACGCGGCCGGGCAGCCGGGCCUGAACGGGGCGGCUGCUGCCGGGGGCCCGGGGGCGCCCGAAGAGGCGGCCGAGGCGCUGGGCAGCGCAGACGACGAGCUGAGCGCCAAGCUGCUGCGGCGCGCGGACCUUAACCAGGGCAUCGGAGAGCCCCAGUCGCCCAGCCGCCGCGUCUUCAACCCCUAUACCGAGUUCAAGGAGUUCUCCAGGAAGCAGAUCAAGGACAUGGAGAAGAUGUUCAAGCAGUAUGACGCUGGCCGAGACGGCUUCAUCGAUCUGAUGGAGCUGAAGCUCAUGAUGGAAAAGCUUGGGGCUCCCCAGACCCACCUGGGCCUGAAAAACAUGAUCAAGGAGGUAGAUGAGGACUUCGAUGGCAAGCUCAGUUUCCGGGAGUUCCUUCUGAUCUUCAGAAAGGCAGCGGCAGGGGAGUUGCAGGACAGUGGGCUAAACGCGCUGGCCCGCCUCUCCGAGAUUGACGUCUCCACUGAGGGUGUCAAAGGCGCCAAGAGCUUCUUCGAGGCCAAGGUGCAGGCCAUCAACGUGUCCAGCCGCUUCGAGGAGGAGAUCAAGGCCGAGCAGGAGGAGCGGAAGAAGCAGGCGGAGGAGAUGAAGCAGCGGAAGGCAGCCUUCAAGGAGCUGCAGUCCACCUUCAAGUAGCGAGGCCACGGCCACCACCGGCCCUGCCCAGGGCGGGGUGCGGGCCAGGGGGGCGCGCGAGGCUGGCGCGAGGCCACUACUAAAAUCUAAGUUGUGAAUGGAGCUAGUCCAGGGGUGUCUCGUGCUGCCUGGCCACCGCCUGCUCCCUUCCGCCAACCCCGCAGCUGCGACCCCACCACCACCCUUGCCUGGCAGGGCCCUCCCUGGCCACCCCUAUGCCUCACACUCCUGGCCCAAGGUUCCUCUGUGCCUGCCCCCCUCACCCAUCGGACCCAUCCUGCUGCUCUAACCAGCGGGCUGCCCUGCCCAGCACCUUACCAGAUGGGAGCAACAGACACAGAAGGACUGUGACUAUCUCCUUAGAGCAGCAGGCCAGGGGGCCCAUGGCAGACACCGGAAGACCCUGCCUCAGGGCCUUGGCUGCAGCUCUGCCCUCAGCCUGCUGGGAUGCGAGGGCUCCUUUUUUCUGGUGAGGGGACCCAGGCACUGGCAUCUGGUGGCGGUAUGGAGAUAGGGCCCAGCCAGGCAGGGUGAGGGGCCGCAGUGCCUAUCUACCUCAUGGGCCACACUCUGCCAGGCCUACAUGGGGUGGUGGGUGGGGAGGCCUGGGGUGCAGGAACAUCCCUCCCCCUCCCCGCACACACACACACCCUGUACAUCCUGAAGGGGUAGUGCUGCGGAGAGAGGAAGUUGGGGAGAAGGGACUGGGGUCCCUGGGAAGGGCUGGAAGUGUCUGCCCCACCACUGGGGAGCAGGGCCUGACCCCCUUUCCCACCCUCCUACCCAAGUGAUGCCCCCAGCUUUGCCCCAGCAGCUCCUGCCUGUCACACCCACCCCUAGGAAGCAUGGGGACCCCACGCCAUUGCCAGAUGGGCAUGGCCUAGCCCCCACCACCGGCCAUCCCCUCACACUUACCCCCUCGUGUGCUUGCUCACUUGUGUGUGUCUGUCUUGCUGUGUCGUGAAACUGUGACCGUCACCCAGUCCAGAGAAGUGAACGGCCAUUGAGGCCACAGUUAUGCAACUUUCAGUGUGUAUCAUGAUAGCGUCACUGCUUUUUAAACUCAAUAACUUUAUUUUAGUACUAUGCCCCAAGAGUCCCCGGAGCUCCUGAAGGGCUCAAAAGAGGUUUCAUUUUUUUGGCCUCAGAACCUGCAGGAUGUCGGAGGUGCCUGGCCCCGUGCGGUGGCCUUCACCCUGGAUUGCAUUUGCCUUAGCGGAUAUGUUUAUACAGAUGAAUAUAAAAAUCUCCUUUUUCUUUUGGAUUUUUGCGUUUUAUAUUUUUCUUCAUCCUUUCUCACCCCCCCCCAAAAAAAAGCUACUUCUUCAUUCGGUGGUACGAUUAUUUUUUUUAACUAAAAUAAGAAAAAAUUCUAUAUU